CGACGGCGACGGCGACGACGACGACGACGACGACGACGACGACGACGUCGGCGCUUCUGUAGGCGCGUCGCCUGAACAUGAUCCCUUGCCUCCCGCGCUCUCUCGUCGGAUCUCUGUCGCAGGUCCAUCUCCGUCGCCGCUCCCUCCUCGUCCUCCUCCUCCCCGCGUUCUCUCUCCAUGGACCCCGCCGCCUCUCGCCCCGCCGUCGUCAUCGAUAACGGAACCGGGUACACUAAGAUGGGGUUCGCCGGUAACGUGGAGCCCUGCUUCAUAGUCCCUACGGUGGUCGCGGUGAACGAGUCGUUUCAGAACCAGUCGCGGAGCUCCUCGAAGAGCAGCAAUUGGCUGGCGCAGCACAGCGCCGGGGUCAUGGCCGAUCUCGACUUCUACAUCGGAGAGGAGGCGCACGCUAGAUCCCGAUCCAGCAGCAUUUACAACCUGACCUACCCGAUCAAGCACGGGCAGGUCGAUAAUUGGGACGCGAUGGAGAGGUUCUGGCAGCAUUGCAUCUUCAAUUACCUGCGGUGCGAUCCGGAGGAUCACUACUUCCUGCUGACGGAGAGUCCCCUCACUGCUCCGGAGAGUCGGGAGUACACCGGCGAAAUCAUGUUCGAGACUUUCAAUGUUCCCGGGCUUUACAUUGCGGUGCAGCCGGUGCUCGCCCUUGCUGCUGGGUACACCACUUCCAAGUGUGAGAUGACAGGCGUUGUAGUGGAUGUUGGAGAUGGUGCUACUCACGUUGUGCCCGUCGCUGAUGGUUAUGUUAUUGGGAGCAGCAUUAAGUCAAUACCCAUUUCUGGAAAAGAUGUUACUCUCUUUAUUCAACAGCUCAUGCGGGAAAGAGGGGAACACGUACCACCGGAGGAUUCCUUUGAAGUAGCGAGGAAAGUGAAGGAAACUUAUUGUUAUACCUGUUCUGACAUUGUCAAGGAAUUCAAUAAGCAUGACAAGGAACCAGCAAAGUAUAUUAAGCAGUGGAAAGGUGUUAAACCAAAGACAGGAGCACCAUACACUUGUGACAUAGGAUAUGAACGAUUUCUUGGACCUGAGGUUUUCUUUAAUCCAGAGAUCUACAGCUCUGACUUUUCUUCCCCUUUGCCUGUUGUCAUUGACAAGUGCAUUCAAUCUGCACCGAUAGACACACGGAGGGCAUUAUACAAGAAUAUUGUGUUGUCUGGGGGAUCUACCAUGUUUAAGGAUUUCCACAGAAGGUUACAGCGGGAUUUGAAAAAGAUUGUGGAUGCCCGUGUUCUUGCUUCUGAUGCCCGACUUGGUGGUGAAGUAAAAGCACAACCAGUAGAAGUAAAUGUUGUUAGCCAUCCUAUUCAGAAAUUUGCUGUUUGGUUUGGGGGCUCUGUACUUGGAUCGACCCCCGAGUUUUUUGAGGCUUGCCAUACGAAAGCAGAGUACGAGGAGUAUGGGGCAAGCAUAUGCCGUACAAAUCCAGUUUUCAAGGGGAUGUAUUGAUACAUGACGAGGAACUCGACUUGGUUGACAUGCCUGGUGAAAAUUGCCCAGAAAUGCUUGACCAUUUGCAACUGUGGCACCUCCAUUUAGCUCUGAGACCGACCCUGCCAUACACUCGUAUAUUCUCUUGCCAUUGCGUCCGGAGGUGGUGUAUAAUACAUGCCUUUUUACUGCUCUGUCUUACUUUCAAGGAAUGUACUUCUGGUGCUCAUUCUUUCAUUAAGGAUAUAGGAGAUUAGGAUGGCUCUGAUUUUGCCGCCAAGAGGUCUCACCAUGCCGGAUUCGACCGGUAGUUCUCAUUCAGUCACAUACAGAAGAAGCUUAAUUGCAUUCUUAGGUUGCAGGUUAGAUGGAUAGGGGAUAGUGAAUAGAAGGUUUUGUUUUCGGUUUUACCAUUUCCUUCUUCGAUUACUUUAGAUGACGUACAUUUUGAGGUCGGAACUCGAUUCUUUCUGGACAGAGUUGGAUCAUAAGAUAAUGUGAAUUACUUUCGCAA